UCUAGCCUUAAUUAGAAUUCAAAUAUUCUGGAUGGGUAGCCAAAUGAAGAAGCAGUGGCCUCAAUUUGCUUGUGCUUUGACAUUUUUCUUGAUUGCCACUUCUACUAUGGCAUACUCACCUUAUUCUUAUGAAUCAACGGAUACAACAUACAAUAAAGUACCUACUACAGUAGCCAAAAGUGAGGAAUUCAAGGUACCCUCAGUGCCAAAGAAUGAUUACUACAAGAAGCCAUUAGUUUCAGAAGAUAACUACAAGAAAGUACCCUCAGUUCCUAAACAGGAAUACAAGGUGCCCUCUGUGCCUAAACAUGAAUAUAAGGUGUCAUCUUUGCCAAAGAAUGAUUACUACAAGAAGUCAUCAAGUCCGGAAGAUAACUACAAGAAGGUGUCAUCUGUUCCAAAGGUACCCUCAGCACCUAAACAGGAAUACAAGGUGCCUUCUUUGCCAAAGAAUGACUAUUACAAGAAACCAUCAGUUCCAGAAGAUAACUACAAGAAGGUGUCAUCUGUUUCAGAGGUACCCUCAGUACCUAAACCAGAAUAUAAGGUGUCAUUUUUGCCAAAGGAUGACUAUUACAAGAAACCAUCAGUUUCAAAAGAUAACUACAAGAAGGUGUCAUUUGUUUUAGAGGUACCCUCAGCACCUAAACAGGAAUACAAGGUGCCUUCUUUUCCAAAGAAUGACUACAAAAAAUCAUCAGUUCAAGAAGAUAACUACAAGAAGGUGUCAUCUGUUCCAGAGGUACCCUCAGUACCUAAACAAGAAUACAAGAUGCCUUCUUUGCCAAAGAAUGACUAUUACAAGAAACCAUCAGUUCCAGAAGAUAACUACAAGAAGGUGUCAUCUGUUCCAGAGGAACCCUCAGUACCUAAACCAGAAUACAAGGUGCCUUCUUUGCCAAAAAAUGACUAUUAUAAGAAACCAUCAGUUCCAGAAGAUAACUACAAGAAGGUGUCAUUUGUUCCAGAGGUACCCUCAGUACCUAAACAAGAAUACAAGGUGUCUUCUUUGCCAAAGAAUGACUAUUACAAGAAACCAGCUCCAGAAGAUAACUACAAGAAGGUCCCAUCUAUUCCAGAGGUACCCUUAGUGCCUAAAUCAGAAUACAAGGUGCCUUCUUUUCCAAAAAAUGACUACUUCAAGAAACCAUCACCUUCUCCAUCACCACCUCCUCCUUACUACCAUGAAUCAUCUUCAACUCCUUCCCCAUCACCACCACCUCCAUAUUAUUAAAUUUUCAUCUUUCACAUGUUCAACAUAUUUCAAGGAAAUCCGUCUUCAGGUGA